AUGCCGCAUCCGUGUGUUGUAUGCGGUCGUUCGCGUAUGAAUCCAAACAACAAAGAAGAGGAAUAUAUGUUUUUUGGAUUUCCCGUUAACGACGAAGCUCGUUGUAGAAAGUGGUUGGAAUUUUGUUGCCGUGAAGAUUUAUAUAAACUUACAAAGAAACAAUUACUUCAACGUAUGGUAUGUUCCAAGCACUUCGAGCCGAAGGAUUUUUUAAAUGAAUAUCUCGACAGAUUAAACUGUACCGCAGUACCCUCAAUUUAUGAUCCUAAACAAAGUUUGUAUAACAUAACCUGUGUAUUAUGUGGCCGAUUUCGCCGAGAUCCAUCGGAUUUAGAUUAUGAUGGUGUAACAUUUCAUCAUUUUCCUGGUGAAGAGUUUCGAUGUUUAAAAUGGCUCGACUUCGUUGGCGUAGAUUCAUAUUACAGAUUGACAAGAAAGGAAAUUUUGUUUUGUUACAUUUGUUCAAAACAUUUUGAUCGUUCUCAAUUUAUGCCUGGUUAUAAAAGCAGAUUGAUAGACAAUGCUGUUCCCAAUAUUAGAAAUCCUGAUCAGUUAGAUGGAUCUGAGCAAUAUAUUAUGGAAUUUGUAUUUGAUUCAAAAUAUAGUUCCUCGGAGAAACCUAAGAAAUUAGAGCCUUUACCACCUGCUGUCUUAGAAAGUCAAGCAUGUGCUGCUUGUGGUAGAUCAAGAUCAGAUCCAAAGAAUAAAAUAGAAAGAUAUAAGUUCCAUCCUUUUCCAGCUUAUGAAAUUGGCAGAUGCUUAAGAUGGUGUCAGUUUUUGGGUAGAGAAGAUUUAUUGAAAAUGUCUCCAAAUCAAAUAAGAAAGUUAGUACUUUGUUCAAAACAUUUUCAGACAGGACAAAGUUUUCAUAAAGUAGGACCAUGCGAUGCAGUUCCAACUAUAAAGGAUGUAUCGCAAUUAGAUUGUGUCAAUUCAAUGGAAAAAAUAGAAGAUGACCAAGAUAUGUUAGAAGAAGCUAAUUGUAAUAAUACUAAAGAAAUUAAGAAGCAAGGUUUUUCAAGACCUUUAGUAUCUAGUAAAAAGCCAAAGGUAGAUAAUAAGCCGACGCCUCUUGCAAAGAAACGUGGGAAAUCUAAAAGGCCAACUCUUAUUAACAUUCCAAGGCCUGAUCCUAAUAAUAUUGAAAAUCGUGUGAUAAGAAAAUUACCACUUCCUCCUACUUCUAACUGGAAAAUUCAAUUCACAGAUCAAUUUCAGCCUAUAACAAUAGCAAAUCAUGUUACAUCAAAUAUUCCAAAUAACAUUCAAGGCAAUAUAAAGAAGGUAAUUCUACCAUUUACUGGUGAUAUAUCAAAUUUAGGUGCUCCUAUCCCAGUGCAUAGUUUAUCUAGUAUCCCUCCAGGUUUAUUAAUUAAAAUAGAUCUUCCUGAGCAAGAACAACAAAAAAUGAAGGCAAUGAAACAGCAAACUAGACCAAAAAUAACACAUAUUUCUACUAUCUCUAAUGAAAUUAAUACAAGACAGCAAGUGUGGGUACAAAAUGGUGAAGCUUCAGUUACAUUGCCAGUUAUAAAACAGAACAAACAAGAGAUAGAUAAAAAUUUAACUGAAUUUCUGUCAACUUCUUUAGAAGAAACAGAGGGUAAAGUAAUUGGUGAAGAAUUGGAAGUACAUGAAGAAGUUGUGUUGCCACAUACAUUAGAAGGAUUAAAUGAAGAGGCAGCUAAUGUAAAAGAAGAGCAGUUUUAUGAGGAUUUUGAAGAAGUAGAAUGUUUAUCACAACAAAAACCUGUGAGACGUAAAAGAAGUUCAAAAACAAUGAGAAGAACGAUUUUUCCUAUUAGAAGUGAAGUCAAAUACUUUUUACGCAAAUUGGCACCUCAUAUGCAUAGACUUCCUAAAAGAGCUAGAGCACAGAUGAAACUUGCAAUUGUCAAUAUGGUAAUUGAUCACUUGUAAAUUUGCUAAAAUAUAAAUAAAUGAUAGUAUUUUUAAGAGUA